CCAGACGGACGCCAUGAGGCUGCUGGCCCUCCCGGGACUGCUGUGCGCCUUGGUGGCCGCGUCCCCCGACCCCAAGUGGCCCGAGCCCGUGUUCGGGCGCCUGGCGUCCCCCGGCUUCCCGGAGCCCUACGCCAACAACCAGGAGCGGCGCUGGGCCCUGGAGGCCCCGCCCGGCUACCGCCUGCGCCUCUACUUCACCCACUUCCACCUGGAGCUCUCCUACCGCUGCGAGUACGACUUCGUCAAGCUGAGUGCAGGGACGAAGGCGCUGGCCACGCUGUGCGGCUGGGAGAGCACGGACACCGAGCGGGCGCCGGGCAACCACAGCUUCUCCUCCCCCGGCCCCCGGCUGGAGGUCGCCUUCCGCUCCGACUACUCCAACGAGCAGCCCUUCACGGGCUUCGAGGCCUUCUACGCCGCCGAGGACAUCGACGAGUGCCACGAGCCGCCCGGAGACGCCCCGCCCUGCGACCACCACUGCCACAACCACCUGGGAGGCUUCUACUGCUCCUGCCGCGCCGGCUACGCCCUCCACCGGGACGGGCGCACCUGCUCAGCCCUGUGCUCCGGCCAGGUUCUCACGGAGAGGUCUGGGGAGCUCAGCAGCCCCGAGUACCCAGAGCCGUACCCCAAACUCUCCAGCUGCGACUACAGCAUCCGCCUGGACGAGGGUCUCCGCAUCGCCCUGGACUUCGUGGGCUCCUUUGACGUGGAAGCGCACCCCGAAGUCCAGUGCCCCUAUGACUUCCUCAAGAUUCAGGCAGGCAGCAGGGAGUACGGCCCAUUCUGUGGGACCACGCCGCCCCCCAGAAUCGAAACUCAGAGCAACACUGCCACCAUCACCUUCGUCACCGACGACUCCGGGGACCACACGGGCUGGAAGAUCCGCUACACGAGCACCGCUCAGCGGUGCCCCGAUCCAAGGGCGCCACCUAACGGCCGCAUCUCGCCAGUGCAGUCCCAGUACGUCCUGAAGGACAGCUUCUCCGUCUUCUGUGAUACUGGCUUCGAGCUUCUGCAGGGUUCGCUGCCCCUGAAGUCGUUUGCCGCGGUGUGUCAGAGAGACGGGACGUGGGACCGGCCCAUGCCCCAGUGCAGCGUCGUGGACUGCGGUCCCCCUGACGAGCUGCCCAAUGGCCGAGUGGACUACAUCACCGGGCCCGAGGUGACCAGCUACCAGGCUGCGGUGCGGUACCGCUGCGCGGAGCCCUUCUACAGCAUCAACAGCAACGACAGCAAAUACGUGUGCGAGGCUGAUGGAUUCUGGACGAGCUCCAGGGGCGAGAAAUCCCUGCCGAGCUGCGAGCCGGUGUGCGGCCUGUCGGCGCGCGCGGCGCGGGCCCCGGGCGGCCGCAUCGUCGGCGGGCGGGCCGCGCGGCCGGGCGACUUCCCGUGGCAGGUGCUGCUGCGGGGCGCGGGCGGCACGGCGGCCGGCGCGCUGCUGGGCGACCGCUGGGUCCUGACGGCCGCGCACGCCGUGUUCGAGCUCCGGGACGACGCGCCGGGCCUGGACGUGCGCCUGGGGGCCCUGCGGCGGCUCGACCCGCAGGCCGUGCGCGCCCGCGCCCAGGCCGUGCUCGUGCACCCGGGCUACGCGCACGGCGCGGGCUUCGACCACGACGUCGCGCUGGUGAGGCUGCGGGACCCCGUGGCGCUGGGCCGCAGCGUGGCGCCCAUCUGCCUGCCGGGCCGCGCGGCGGGCGCCCUGGCCGGCGCGGGCGCCGUGGGCUCGGUGGCCGGCUGGGGGCUCACGCGGCGCGGCUUCCUGGCCGGGAGCCUCCUGUACGUGGACGUGCCGGUGGCCGACCCGCGGGCCUGCGCGGCCGCCUACGAGCAGCGGCCGGGGCCGCGGGUCACGUCCAACAUGCUGUGCGCGGGGCUGGAGGCGGGCGGCCGGGACAGCUGCCGGGGCGACAGCGGCGGCGCCCUGGCCUUCCUGGACGAGGGGGCGCGGCGCUGGGUGGCGGGCGGGAUCGUGUCCUGGGGCUCCGUCCAGUGCGGGGAGGCGGGUCAGUACGGCGUCUACACCAAGGUCGCCAACUACGUCCCCUGGAUCGAGGACAGCAUCGCCAACUUCUCCGCACGGCCGCAGCCGGGAAAGGACGGUUUCUAG